GACCAGUGCUCUCUGUAAGCUUCAUGUGCGGCGUCAUGCUUGGCUUUGUCCAGCGGCGGCAGCCUAGAGGAAGAGGAGGUUGCAUCUUAUGUUUUAGUACCUUGGGAUUUAGUAAGUACCUUGCCUUACAGCAGAGAGACUCCCGCCAUCUCACUUGCUCACUUACCUUAGCCACCUGCCUUGGUUACUGAGGGAGGCUGAGACUUGAAGCUGUGGCACGCGAUCGACCCACCACUAUUGGUUGCCGGUACUUGGGACGAAUACAGGGGGUGUUUUCGCCCGUGCCAUUGAAACUCAACCUUGAAGAAACACGCUUAAUUAACACAUUGACACGAAUCCCUUGAAAGUAAACGCUCCAGCGACGAAAAAAAAAAAAAAUAACGGACGACGCGUCCGCAUCAGAGAAAGCUCGCCAGGCUUCCUCGAGUGUUCGCUUUGUUUAGGGUCUUUUUGCUGGUCUCCAGUGAAUCGCUCCAUAAUCGUCAUCGCCUUCAGCCCGACGGCCCGAGAAGCAGUUGGCAUACGGCAGAUCCGUGCCGUGCUACACAUGCGCCGAGUCGAGCGACGGGACAUUCGGCCACCGUCCGCCCCCCCUCUGAACGCAAUUGCUCUGUGACGACUUUCCGAGAGUUCGCCCUGCUCUUCGCCGUCCCCGUGGUCAAAUGCCUACAGCUUCGACAGCGACCCUAGAUCACCUCAAGGCGGACGGCCCUCCCUGAAUCCGCGAACUCCUCCUGAAUACCUACCUCCCUACCUCUCUCCCCCGACGAUACGGCGCGCGACGACAGAUUGCGAAAUCGCCCGAAACGAAAAUGGCACCGAGCGAGCCUAUGCUGCCCGCCGCGCUGGCACCACCAGAUCAUGACCGUCCUCCGAGGAGGUCAUUCUCGAGCACCGACAGGCUGAGCGCCUCGGUUGCGUCCACAAAUCGGUCGAGAUCGACGGUGCGGUCGUCCGGAUGGCAGGCAAAGAUGGGACUGGCCGGCGUUGCGAGGCGGACGCUAGGCAUUUCGUUGUUGCUUGUGACGGUGCUGUUGUGGACGAUAUCCAACUUUUUGGCAUCUUAUAUUUUUUCAGAUCAUUCUUACGACAAGCCAUUUUUUGUGGUGUAUAUGAAUACGUCGGUGUUUGCGGUAUCUCUGAUACCCAUGUUGGUGCGGUUCCUGAUGCAGCACGGUGUCGAGGGUCUACGACGCGAGGCCAUGGUGGUCUGGAACGAGCAGAGGUACGGCAAGGACCUCAAGACGGCCGAGGAUGAGGAGGACACGGUCGCGGGGGAGCGCCUGCUGGUCGACGACGAGCCGAGCCUGGAGAUGGAAGGGUUCGAGACAACGACGAGGGUGGAGCGGCUCACGUUCCGGGAGACGGCCGUCAUCAGCCUCGAGUUCUGCAUGCUGUGGUUCUUCGCAAACUACUUCGCGUCGGCGUGCCUCGAGUACACGAGCGUCGGGAGCGUGACGAUCCUCAACUCGACGAGCAGUGUGUGGACGCUCGUCUUCUGUGCCGUGAUGGGGGUCGAGGGGUUCACGGCGCGCAAGCUCAUUGGCGUGCUGGCAUCGCUGACGGGUAUCGUGCUGAUAUCGACGGUGGACCUGUCCGGGUCGAGCGACGAGAACCGCGGGUCGUUCCCGCACAAGACGACGGGGCAGAUUGCCAUUGGGGACCUGAUGGCGUUUGUGAGCGCCAUCAUCUACGGACUCUACGUGACUGUGAUGAAGAGGCGGGUAGGCAACGAAGAUCGGGUGAAUAUGCCGCUCUUCUUUGGACUUGUUGGACUCUUUAACUUGGUGUUCCUCUGGCCCGUCUUCUUCAUCUUGCACUUCACGGGGAUGGAGCCGGUAAGUUACGCCACGCCCCUUUUCUCACGGACUUUGAGAGUGUCUAACCAAGGUUGCCACAGUUCUCGUUCCCUCCUACGGCCAAAAUCUGGGCCAUUGUCAUUGGCAACUCGCUGUCGUCGUUCAUCAGCGACAUGUCAUGGGCGUACGCCAUGCUGCUCACGACGCCGCUAGUCGUGACGGUCGGUCUGUCUCUCACGAUCCCGCUGUCGCUCAUUGGCGAGAUGAUUCAGUACUCGCAGUACUCCAGCUGGGUGUACUGGGUCGGCGCGGCUGUGGUGCUCAUCUCGUUUCUGUUUAUCAAUAACGAGAGCCACGAAGACGAGUCGAGCGACAAGAGCCCCGAGGCAGGAUCCCGGGGCGUCUCGCAAUUAUGAAAAAGGAUGUUCCUAUAGACACAAAGUUGGUAUUCGAGAGCAGACAGAGGCGCGGGGGGUCUAGACGUGUUGCAUGGGCCACGGCGUUUAAGACACGGUGUAUGGCGCUUCCCUCGUUGGAUUCCAUUUGGCGCGCUGUUGAGACUGAGCUGUUUACUCAGUCUCUUCAUUAAUGCAAUCAACUUGCAUCAUAUCGUGCUACUCAACGCGUGUGAGACCCAUCCCUCGAGAUCUUGUGUCAAUUAUUGAAGGUCAUGGCGGUAAUAUAUGAGUAAGGCCCGGCGUCAAUUUCACGUGGCACACGGGAUGGAAUUACCUCUUAACGAAGCCCGUCUCCGUGUACCAAGGCGGAUGAUUCGGAAGAGCUGUCAGGUGCAAAGAGGUGGUCCCUGGUGGAAACAUGAUGCAGCUACUACGGUGGAGACAUUGCAUCGCAAUCGGUGAACCCGCGGAGUUUUUCUCUAUUGACUGGUCGGCCGGUCGGUGAGAGGAUGAGCGCGCCGAGGUCAAGGUGAGGUAAGGCACUGCAGCUGUGGUGUGACUUUGAAAAGACUGGGAAGGUCGGUCGAGCAUGACAAGACGGGAUUUUGCAGAAUCCGAUGGCGGAUUUGAGUAAAAUGCGAUGCACGGGGCUUUUUUUUCCUGCUGUCUUCCUUGAUUUUGAGAGGGGAGGGGGAGGGAUCUGCAGACGCAUGGAGACAGCCGCGCAAUCGGAUUCGCCGCUUGGU